GCAUCUGAUAAGCAUGUUAGUUUGAGCGGGUUGCCACAACAGUCAAUGAAAAUUCAGCUGGCCAAACUGGACCGUCGACCGCAGUAGAUGCCGAAUGGCAGAUACUCCCUGCUCUUCCCUGGGAGGGUGAUUUGAAUGAGCUGGAUGCAAAUGACGGUGCGCCACCGCACUGGAUGUUUAGAUUUGUUUCGGGGCGAGAAUCACAGGCGAGCACUAACGUAACAGUUACAUGGAAACGCUGUUCUUGAGGAGCUGAAAAAGAAGAUAGCCGCACCAAACUACACCAGUGCUCAGAGUCACACAGAGUUGUCGUGGGUUACCGCAUCCUGAUCUGAGAAAGAGACAGACAGCCGUCGCGCUUGAGCAGCUGCCAUGACAGGGGUGGGGGCAGACGAUGACAUCCCUCUCUGUGAGAGAAAAACUGUCACUGACUUCUGCUAUCUCCUGGACAAGUCCAAACAGCUUUUCAAUGGCUUAAGGGAUCUGCCUCAAUAUGGACACAAGCAGUGGCAGUCCUAUUUUGGCCGAACAUUUGACAUAUACACCAAGCUGUGGAAGUUUCAGCAGCAGCACAGACAAGUCCUGGACAACCGGUACGGUCUCAAGAGGUGGCAGAUAGGUGAAGUGGCGUCGAAAAUUGGCCAGCUGUACUACCAUUACUACCUCCGCACUUCAGAAACAAGCUACCUAAAUGAAGCCUUUUCCUUUUAUUCGGCCAUCCGCCAACGAUCAUAUUACCACCAAGUCAACAAAGAAGACAGGCCAGAGCUGGUUGUAAAAAAGCUGAGGUAUUAUGCUCGGUUUAUUGUUGUUUGUCUGUUGCUCAACAAGAUGGACCUGGUUAAAGUGUUGGUCAAGGAGCUGUCUGAAGAGAUUGAGGACUACACCCAGCGCUUCAACACAGAGGACCAGUUAGAGUGGAACCUGGUGCUGCAGGAAGUUGCUGCUUUUGUGGAGGCAGAUCCUCUUAUGCUCCUAAAUGAUGACAACGCCGUGGUGGUCAUAUCCAAUCGGCUGCAGGAGGGGGGUGUGCCCCCUCUUGAACAGGGCAUGGUGGUUGGCCAGCUCACCUUGGCAGAUGCACUCAUCGUUGGCAACUGUAACAAUCAGGUGAAGUUUAGUGAGCUGACCAUCGAUAUGUUUCGUAUGCUCCAAGCGCUUGAGAGGGAACCAGUGAACCUAGCCACACAAAGCUCCAAGCCAGGGACACUUGUAAGAGAAGACUCUUACACUCUGCCUGUCACUCUCUAUGAGCCCAAUGAGAAGCCGGCCAAGAGAGAGAACCCUCAUAAAUAUCUCCUCUACAAACCAACCUUCAGCCAGCUCUACACUUUCCUGUCUGCCUCCUUCAAGGAGCUGCCAGCCAAUAGUGUCCUGCUGGUUUAUCUCUCUGCCACCGGAGUGUUUCCUACUGGACGCUCAGAGAGUGAAGGACCUUAUGACUUUGGAGGUGUCCUGACCAAUACUAAUCGAGAUGUGGUAAACGGCGAGACGGCGCAGAAGAGAAGCCAGGCACAAAAAGAGAUGCACUGUCUCCACCCAGGAGACCUUUUCCCCUUCACCAGGAAACCUCUGUUUAUCAUUGUGGACUCAUCCAACAGCACAGCCUAUAAGAAUUUCUCCAAUCUGUUUGGCCAACCACUUGUCUGCCUGCUUUCUCCGACGGUGUAUCCAAAGAGCAUGCAAGACCAGUGUCAGCGUGGGAGUCUGUUUACUCUUUUCCUUUACAACCCCCUCAUGGGCUUCCUGUCUGUGUGUGGACUGAGCAGCAUGCGCUAUGGAUUGUGGGAAAAGGCCCAGGAACUCCUGCGGAAGGUUUUCCAUGACAUUGGCCAGAUGAUCACGAGCUCCCGAGCUAUAGAUCAGGCCUAUCUGCAGUUUUAUGGCGAUGAAUUUCUACGUCUCCUCAUGAUCCGUUUCGUGUUCUGCUGCACCACGCUCCGAUUACACAAGCUCUUCCGGGAAGCAAGGAGUUUUCCAGAAUCAUAUCCUCCGCUGCCGAAACAGGAGAUGGUGGAGAGCAGCCUUCUACAGAAGCAUGUGCUGGAGCUGGCGGCCAUGUUGGACGUGCAAAACCUCUUCUCUGAUGGCAUGCUGGAUAACUAUUGACCACAUGGUGGCACAAUGCCAACCUGCACACACACAUUUACACACACGCUCAUGCCCAUACACACGCAUACACAAGUUGUAGGUAGUUUCUUCUGAAUAAGCUAGUUGUUUAACCUAAUCUCAUUAGAUCUAGAUAGUUUAAUAACUAUUCAAGAGAAAAUAUCUUAUCUUUGUGGGCAGAUAUUUACAAUUUGUCAAGAUCACAUGUAUUUUUAGAUUUUAAGGCGCUUCACACAUGCGCAGAUUCGAAAGCGUUGCUCCCAAGAUACAGGAAAUUGUACUACAUGCAUGUAUCGUAUGGGUGUACGAGUGCAGGCACACAGGCGUUCAGACCUUUUGAAGGCAGCCAUCGCCGUUUCUGAAGGUGAUAAGAGAGCACAAGAUGACGAUUGAGAAGAAAGGAGCUCUGGAAACAUUUAUUUUUAUGUGAAUUGGUGCAAUUCCAGGGAGAUUCUUCCAAAAAGAUGAGCCUACGGCUUUGGCAAAACACAUUUUGGAGAAGGACGUUCGAUUUCCUUCUCAACACUUUGCCUCUGCAACGUUUACAAAUUUUUUCCAUAGGGAGCGUGCUGCAUGUUUGCAUUUAAUUGCUCCGCCUUGGAUUUUUUUGGUUUGUUUUCAUUCAUUAAAACGUGUUUGCUUUUCCGUUUCGACACGCGUUUCGCAGACUUUAGCCUGGUCUUUCGAAGGAGGCCCACCAUGCUGUGCCUCUUUCUAGUUAUUUUGGUCAUCAGCUAAUCGGUUGUUAAUUAAUUAACGCUAUGUUGACACCAGAAUCUCCAUUUUAUAGAGCAUUUCUUCAAAAGAGAUUCUUUUUAGCAUGCCUUGGUAGUGUGGUAAGCCCAUACUUGCAUAGCUGAUGUAAUAACCUAAUGUCUUAUUCCAUGUGUGCUGAGGACACCAAUAGCCAACGGAGUUCUCUUUUAUAGUGUCACAGAGACGUACAGGCGUACUCCUGUAUAUAAGUACAAAUUUGUGUAUAUAUCUAUAUAUAAAUAUAUGUAUAGUUCUAUAAGAAGUCAAUGUGAUGCAGAGAAGUGUGUCUGUCUGGGUUGUUCGUGGUGGCAGAUCUGUUAAAAGAUGACCCUCUGCAUGUGACCGUUUUGUCUAAUCUGUGAAUGGACCAUGCCACUGUCUCAACUGCGCACCCUCCCGCCGCUUCACACAAGUGCAGUCAGCUCGACAUUCCAAGGAUCAUGGCAUAAGAGCGUCCCUCUGUCUCAAGGACAAGUGCACUGCGUGAUGUGAUCAGUGUUUCGUUCGUUGCAUUACGUCAUGUUUUUAAUUACAGUUACAAUAAUAGCCUUGCACUUUACUUGCACUAUUUAAGUUUGAUUCUGAUGUUAUUUAUUGCGCUUUUGGCAAGAGGCAUGUCUGAUCAUUCCGUUACGUCAUGCUUUGCAAAUAGCUCAUAAUUUCCUCCAUCUGUGAUCUGUGUUAGAAAAUGCCAUAUAUGGUGACCGAUUUUUCUACGUUUACCAACUCUUCCAACCGAACUGCAGGCUUGAUCGUGGCCAUUCGAAGGGGACCAAAAGAUUCUUGCAUGUGAAGAGCACAAUGUCCCGAACGAUUCUCGUACUGUCAUCUCUGUUGAGUUUGUAGUUGAUAGUUUUGCACGUUUUCACCCAAGCAUAGCUGCUUCCCCUCGUGUAUUUUAUUGAAUAAUUGUUUUGCAUAAAAAGAGAGAAGUUUGCUAACGAACAAAUCACUGCCAAACCUUCGCUUGGAAUAUCCACUGCCCAAAUUAAGCAGACAACUGUGUUGUCUGUGCUUUUCGUGGGCAUAAAUAGUUUCAUGGCCUAGCUUUUUUUAACAGUGUUGUUAUAGUUUGCCGAAAAGAGAAGGGCUGGAUGGAGAAUGGAGAUGAAGAGGGAAACAGAUGGUGGAUGUCACUGUUUCCUCUCUGUCUAGUUGUCUGACCUUGACUGACAAAUGUUUUUGCCUUGUUUAAUGUGUAUUUCUAUGUGUAUUUAAGUAUAACUUUUCAGGAAUCUAUAAGUUCUUGCUCAGACUGUCCUGUAUUCACACCGCACUAUUUAGCUGAGAGCACAGGGGUGAAUACAGACUUGAAGCAUUUAUACAUGUAAUGUACCACAACAGAAGCUUACCAACCUAAAAUUUAGGGGGAAAUGCAAUACCCUUUUAAAAAUGAUUUUAACAAAAGUGUUUUCCUACCGAUUGCCCACAUUUCGGUGGUAGAUGCAUGCGAAUUAGUAACUCCUGCUCCAUUUGAAUGCAUCCUGUAAGUGCAUUCGCGGCUAUGAUUGGAAGGAACACAAAGAAAAUCAGCUGCAUUUGUUUCCUGUUGUAAACAUGGGGCCAGAUCUAAGGUGUAGUACGGGUGAUUUCUACCAGUUCCUACUGUUGUGGGAAGGAACAUUUUCAAAAGUGAUGUAAUGGUCAGAAUACUCUUUCUUCAUAAGUUAAGGGGUUCUAGAGUUGCUAGUCGAACAUACGUGCAUUAUCCAAUUGUCAUGUGUUUUUAAUCGCUAAACUGUUUUGUCUUAUCUGUUGCCAAAUUAUCUUUGAUGUUCGUUGUUAAAUGCGGGAAAAAAAGAAUACAGAAAAAAUGUGAUGAUACCAAAACAUGCAAGCUUUUUGUUUUUAAGAAUGCUAUUUAAGAACAUUAAAAAAAAGUUUAUGACUGUUUUGGUUAA